UGUUUCUUUGAAAGAAAGGGAGGGGUCUGUAGGGUUUCCUAAGGGAAAUAGGGGAGGCCUGGGUCACCUGGAGGAAUUGGGGAAUAUCUAGUUCUGUAGAGGGGCCAGUCCCAUGGGGAAGAAGGACACCUGGGUCUCUGAGAGUGAAGGAGGCAGAGUGCUUAUCUGGCCUCCUCUUCCCUUCCCACUCCACCUCUAGGGGCUGGCAGGUAUUACCUUGCACCUAUGCUAAUUCUCUCAGUGAGCCCCCGUUUUAAGGAAGAAAAAUUGUUGAAGGAUCAAAUCUAAUAGCUUCAUGGGCUGGGGAGUUGCUGGGGUGUGUGGUUUGAGUGGUUCGGUAGGACUGAGGGCCCAGGUUUGGGAAAGGUGAAGAGGAUCCAGGACUCUCAGUGGACCCCUGAGCAGUCUGAGGUUGAGGAGGCAGGAAAGGGACACCUAUCUGCCCCGUCUGGAGAUUCUUCUUUCUUUCUCUGUCAUCUCUGGGUGUUUGACUCUGUCAGGCUUUCUGUCUGUUUCUGAAGGACAUUUAUUCAGCACCCACAGUGUACCAGGCUCUGACAAUUCUGAGGUGGGCAGGUCUUUACAGAGUUGAAUCACUCUGUCUCUCUGCUUCUCCUUCAUGCCUCUAUUUCCCUCUCUGUCCCCAGAUUCAGGGACUUGGGAGCUCCCUCCCCAUCCCCCUUUCCAGGUUCCCUGCUGAGAGGUGGCUGUUGCCAUGGUAACAAUGACACAGUGACCUUGGGCCCAGGGUUCCCCUUCCCCAGCCCUGUCAUUCCAGGGAGGGUCCACAAGCCUUGUUCCAAGCCUUCCCCUGCCCUCCUGGCCUUAACACACUAUGUCCUCAUCACCCCACUCUGUCCCAUCCCUUGUCCCCUUGUCCCCAAUCAGGACAAGCCCUUGCAUGAAAAAUUCAGGAUAGAAUCAUUCUACACUGGACCACAGAGGCAUUCCCCACUGCCCUUAAUUUUCCCAGGGAGGGGAGAGGUUGCGUUGAGCUCCUCUCCCCUGUCUUUCACCCAUGCGGAUGCCCCCACCCUGUUUCUCUGCUAGGGAUGUCCCUACACCCACCUCUGAUCACAGCCUUGUUCCCUGAGAGGGGAUAGGAGGGGUCAUUCAAUGAAGAGGUCAAGCAACUCCUGGUCUGCUGAGGUCAGAGAGGCAAAAGGAUUUGUCCAAGGUCAUGAACUUACACGAUCAAAUGGAUAAUAAUAGCUCUCUGAUUGAGGGCUUCCUAGGUGCCAGGUACUUUUAUAAGCACUUUACAGGUAUUAAGUCAUAGUUGCCCAAAGCCACACAAGAACUUUAACCCAAGGCUAUCCUGUGGUCAAUGGCCACUCCCUCUCUCAGGCAGGGGAUUUAGGGGAUCUCUUCUCCUCUGCGUCCUUUUCUCCUUUUCCUCCCCAUCACCCCACCCCCCACACCACAGUUGAACUUCUGUCUGCAUCUAGGUUCAAGAUUGAAAACAAUCGAAUCAGAAAGAGGUAUGUGCAAGGAUUUGCCCAAUCAGGAGCAGGGAGUUUGGAAAGCAGGGACCAAUCAGAGAGGGUAACUCUGAGGGGCAGUCCAAUGCAGAGUAGGUUUGACUAGAGGGCUUGUGGAGGGACCAAUCAGAGAGAUCAGAACAGAUUACGCUGUACAAUGAAGAGUGGGCACCAUAGGGCGUGGCUUUGGGUUUGGGACCACACCUUUGAAGGGCGGUACAAACUGGGAACCACCUCCUCCCUUUCCACCAACCUCCCCUCUAGGUUUCCUCAGAUCCAGACUCCCUAGGCUUUCCCUGGGGCACUCCUCCCUGCUAAACUUGAAUGUGAGCAAUACUUCCGUUAGAGAAGUGAAGACUGGACUUUAGGGAGGAGCUAAGAAUGGGGGACCCAAACUAGGUUUGAAAGACCAGAACCUAGGCUGGAUGCUUUGGGGGUGGAGCCUAGGGUGGAGGGGUGGGGCUAGGGAUGAUGGAUGGAACUUGGGGCAGGGAUGGGGAAACUUUAGGGUGGUGUCUAAGGUAAAGGGGUGGGGCUCAGGCUGCGAGGGAGGGUGGGACACAGGCUUAAGGGGUCAGUGUCAUUUAUUUAGGUCAGAUAGGGCAGAUAUUUUGCAAUGAGGUGGGGCCUUAGAGACAGGGCGGAGCCUAUGCCUAGGGGCGGGGCCUAAACAGUGAAAGAAUGAGAUUGGUCACGGAUCUCUACUAGCCGGUUUGGGUCAGGAAGAGGGCCCUAGAGAAACAAUCACACUAUCUACUUCCAGCUGAUGCCCUGUUUUCAGGCCAGCUCACAUUCCCCGACCUCAUGGGCACUCCCCUGCUGCUGGGGUAUACCCCUCCCCUUCUAGUGACCCCAGACUGGGAGAGCAUGUUUAUUCCUUAGUGUGCGCCCUGCAGUGAGUCUUCAGUGGACCAAGCUCCCAAGUCCUCUCCUAAAAGAUGUUCAAGAACACAUGUUUACUGAGCACCUACUGGGUGCCAGUUAUUCUUUGGGACGCUGGAGAAAACUGGUGCCCGUGCCACUUCCCUCCGGUGGCUUACAUCUCAAUGACUAGACAAUAAGCAAUAAAUAAAUAAAUAAGGAAACAAUAAAUAGGUAAGCAAACAAGCAAACAAGAGCAUUACCAGGAGUGAUGAGGGCUAUGAGGGAGAUAAAAUGAGUGGUGGAAUGGAAAGAAAAGGUGGGACCUGUUUGGGCUAUUUUUAGUGGUCUCUUUGGUCUCUGGAAGCGUCCUCCGGUUUUUUCCCGUCAAUGUUUAUUAUGAAAAAUUUCAAAUACGCGGCAAAACUGAAACAAUUUUACAGUGAACACCCCUAUGCCCACCACCUAGAUUCUACCACUGACGUUUUGGCAGAGCAGAGUGGAAGGGAAGGGGAAAGAGGGUGAGGGCAGGUAUUUAGCCAUCCAUCUACCCAUUCACGAAUCCAUUUGAUUUUUAAAGUAUUUCAAAGUAAUUUGCCAACAUCAGGACAGUUGCUGGGGGUCGGGUAUCAAUUGGUCAUGAGAAAGGAAGGCCUCGCUAAAGAGAUUACAUUCAAGACUAGAAUGAAAAGAAGGAACCAGCCAUGGAAGGGGGAUAGUGUGCAAAGGCCCAGGGGCUGGAACAUUGGAGGAAUAGAAAAGUCAUUAUUUAUUGGGGGGAGGGUAUAUCUCAAAUGGUAUAGUGCAUGCUUAGCAGGCACAAGGUCGUGGGUUCAGUCCCCAGUACCUCCUCUAAAAAUAAAUAAAUAAACCUAACUACCCCCCGAAAAAAAGGUUAAAAAAGUCAUUAUUGAGGCUGGAAGACCAGCACGGUUGGGGAUGAGGUCAAGAGGUGGGCAGGGGCCAGAGCUCACAAGGCUGGAUGCACUCUGGGAGCGAGGCUGACUUUGCCUGGGCUCAGGCUUUUUGUUUUUCUGCCUCUGUGUACCUCUGUCUCUCUUAUUAUUAUCUCUUCAUCCUGCUCUUUCCCACUCCUAUCCAUCCCAGACCUGCUCUCACCCUCUAUCCCCUUCACCUCCACCCUGUUCUGCUAUUUACUAUCUGAGUGACCUUAGGCAAGUGACUAAACCUUUCUGUGGCUCAAGUGUCUUCAUCUGUAAAAUGGUGAUAGUAAAGAGACCUCCCUAUCUGGUAGCUGUGAAGAGUGAAUGAAGUCCUAUCUGUGAAGCCCUUAGACCCAUUCCUAGUACCUAGUAGUGCUGGCACUGACCCACUUCUGCUGCUGUUGUUAUUAUUCUCCCACAUUGGUCCUCCCAGCUCUGGACCUCCACCUCCCAGCAGGGAGCACCAGGAUCCAGGGUGAGAGGUUCUGGCCCAGGCCCUGACUCCCUGAAGAGAGAUGAAGAAACCGAGAUUCAGAGAGGUUCAGACACUUGCCCGAGGUCACACAGCUAAUCUCACCUCCCACUCCUCCUGCCUUCCGCCUGCACCAUGGCUCCAGGCCCCUUCUCCUCGGCGCUUUUCUCGCUGCCACCUGCUGCUCUGCCCUUUCUGCUGCUCCUCUGGGCGGGGGCAUCUCGAGGCCAGCCCUGCCCGGGCCGCUGCAUCUGCCAGAACGUGGCGCCCACGCUGACCAUGCUGUGCGCCAAGACCGGCCUGCUCUUUGUACCUCCUGCUAUCGACCGGCGCGUGGUGGAGCUGCGGCUCACCGACAACUUCAUCGCCGCCGUCCGCCGCCGAGACUUCGCCAACAUGACCAGCCUGGUGCACCUCACCCUCUCCCGAAACACCAUCGGCCAAGUGGCGGCCGGCGCCUUUGCCGACCUCCGCGCCCUCCGCGCCCUGCACCUAGACAGCAACCGCCUGGCGGAGGUCCGAGGCGACCAGCUCCGCGGCUUGGGCAACCUCCGCCACCUGAUCCUCGGCAACAACCAGAUCCGCCGGGUGGAGUCGGCCGCCUUCGACGCCUUCCUGUCCACCGUGGAGGAUCUGGAUCUGUCCUACAACAAUCUGGAGGCCCUACCGUGGGAGGCGGUAGGCCAGAUGGUGAACCUGAACACGCUCACGCUGGACCACAACCUCAUCGACCACAUAGCCGAAGGCACCUUUGUGCAGCUUCACAAACUGGUUCGCCUGGACAUGACCUCCAACCGUCUGCAUAAACUGCCCCCCGACGGGCUCUUCCUGAGGUCCCAAGGUCCUGGGCCAAAGCCGCCCACGCCCCUCACGGUCAGCUUCGGUGGCAACCCCUUGCAUUGCAACUGCGAGCUGCUCUGGCUGCGGCGGUUGACAAGAGAGGACGACCUGGAGACAUGCGCCACUCCUGAGCACCUCACCGACCGCUACUUCUGGUCCAUCCCCGAGGAGGAAUUCCUGUGUGAACCUCCGUUAAUCACACGGCAGGCAGGUGGCCGGGCCCUGGUGGUGGAGGGCCAGGCGGUCAGCCUGCGGUGCCGCGCUGUGGGUGACCCCGAGCCAGUGGUGCACUGGGUGGCACCUGAUGGGCGGUUGCUGGGGAACUCGAGCCGGACCCGGGUCCGGGGGGAUGGGACGCUGGAUGUAACCAUCACCACUUUGCGGGACAGUGGCACCUUCACUUGCAUCGCCUCCAAUGCCGCCGGGGAAGCCACGGCACCGGUAGAGGUGUGCGUGGUGCCGCUGCCUCUGAUGGCACCCCCACCUGCCGCCCCGCCACCUCUCACUGAGCCUGGUUCCUCAGACAUCGCCACACCCGGCCGACCUGGUGCCAACGAAUCGGCGGCUGAGCGCCGGCUAGUGGCGGCGGAGCUCACCUCCAACUCUGUGCUCAUCCGCUGGCCAGCCCAGAGGCCUGUGCCAGGCAUCCGCAUGUACCAGGUCCAAUACAACAGCUCUGCAGAUGACUCCCUUGUCUACAGGAUGAUCCCAUCCACCAGCCAGACCUUCCUGGUGAAUGAUCUAGCAGCUGGUCGCGCCUAUGACCUGUGCGUGCUGGCCGUUUACGACGAUGGGGCCACGGCGCUGCCGGCCACUCGAGUGGUGGGCUGCGUGCAGUUUACCACCGCUGGGGAUCCAGCGCCCUGCCGCCCACUGAGGGCCCAUUUCUUGGGCGGCACCAUGAUCAUCGCCAUUGGGGGCGUCAUCGUCGCCUCUGUCCUCGUUUUCAUCGUUCUGCUCAUGAUCCGCUACAAGGUCUACGGCGAUGGGGAUAGCCGCCGAGUCAAGGGCACCAGCAGGUCGCCUCCGCGGGUCAGCCAUGUGUGCUCGCAGACCAACGGUGCAGGCGCGCCGCAGGCCCCGCCCCCGCAAGACCGCUACGAGGCGCUGCGUGAGGUGGCGUCUCCAGCUACUGGGUCCGUGGCUGUCGAGGCGAAAGCCACGGCAGCCGAGAUGGCUUCCGAGGAGCCGGAGGCGCUCCUUGGACGCUCCUUGGGCGGUUCAGCCACCUCGCUGUGCCUGCUGCCAUCCGAGGAAACCUCCGGGGAGGAGUCCCUGUCCGCCUCAGGCCCUCGGAGGAGCCGUUCCGGGGCCCUGGGACCGCCGGCUGCGGCCCCCCCAACUUUAGCUCUGGUUCCUGGGGGAGCCCCGGCUCGGCCGAGGCCACAGCAGCGCUAUUCGUUCGAUGGGGACUACGGGGCGCUCUUCCAGAGCCACAGUUACCCGCGCCGCGCCCGGCGGACAAAGCGCCACCGGUCCACGCCGCACCUGGACGGGGCUGGAGGGGGCGCGGCCGGGGAGGACGGAGACCUGGGGCUGGGCUCUGCCAGGGCACGGCUGGCCUUUACCAGCACCGAGUGGAUGCUGGAGAGUACCGUGUGAGCGGCAGGCGGGCGCCGGGAGGCCUGUGUGCCGCGGACAAGCGCCCAGCCACCCGGACGCCGGGGCAGGACUCGGGGGAGAAAGCGCCGAGCCAAGACAGCGGACCGGAGGGGAGACGCGCUUCUCCUCCCUGGAGUGGGUGGGCUCCUGGGGGCUGCGGCUCGAGGCCACGCCCCCGCGCCCAGGGGGGUCUGAGGGCGGGCAGCCGGGCUCCCCUCCCCCACGGACUCUAAGCCCCUCUCCUGCCCCUCCCCCCGCGCGCUCGCGGACCUCGCUGGAGCCGGUGCCUUACACAGCGAAGCGCGGGGAGGGGCAGGGCCCCCCACACUGCAGCACUGAGACACGAGCCCCCUUCCCCCGCCCGGGACCCGGGGCAGGGGCGAGGGGCCCAUUUCUUGUAUCUGGCUGGACUAGAUCUUACUCUGUCCCGCGGCGGCCUCCAAAGCCCCCACCCCCAACCCAUUCUACUCCCUGGUCCCGUCGGGUCUGGCUUGGGGUCCCCCCUUUCUCUGUUCCCGUCGUUUGUCUCAGUCCCGCCCUCUGUCUUCUGUCUUCUGUCCUUCUCUGUUUGUCUCUCUUCUCUGUCCCAUGUUGUCUCUUCUUCUGCCCUCCUGUAUUUCGUCCAGUUUUCUUGUCUCCAGAUUAUCUCUUCCCAGUACACAUUCUCCGGGGCGGGUCCCACUGGAAGGACCAGACUCUCCCCUAUUCCUUCCUCUUUCCCUCAGAUAAAUCCCCACAUGAACAAAAUCCAAAACCAAAUCCCCCUCCCUACAGGAGCCGGGGAUCCUCCGCCGCAGGAGAAUUAAACUUUUUUCUGUGUCUGA